CCACCACGGACUCUCUCUCUCUCUCUCUUCGUCUCCCCUCACUGUUUUGGUAUGAUUUUAUAUGCAAUUCAUAUAAAAAUCUCAGCUUUUUGAUAAGAUAUGUAUAUUGUUAAUAGAAUAGAAGCAAAUUAGUUUUUGGAUUAUCUUUUUCUGUUAUGUUUAAUAGAAAUGAGCCUGGUUUGGAUUGGUUCUCUGAUUGCUGUGGUAGAAAUAGAUUCGUAUUUUAUGUCACUGGUUCAGAAAUUUCACAGCGGCUGUUCUUCGUAUGAAAGAUUUAAUCUUUUGUUUACAAUUUUUGAAAAAGAUUCAAUCUUUAUGUUCACUGGUACGAUUUCUAUGUUAUUCUACGAUCCUUAUGAUGUUGGAUGAAUUUGCUGUUGAUCAUUGGUUGACAUUUGAUUUGAGGUUUUUAGCUUCUGAUUGUCAUUUGGAAAGCUUUUUACUUGAUGUAAAAUCUGGUGGGUUUUGAUCAGUUUUAAGAAUGAUGGGAUUUGGGACUUAUGGAUGUGGAGGACCCUAUUUGUCAUCAUCAUCAUCCUCGAGUUUAUCAGCUCUGGCACCACCUUUUACUGUUGAGCGACCUGUUCAUGAUCCCUGUAUGAGCCAAAUGGUGGAUUCCUUUACACCACUUGUGGAGGUAACUGAGCCACCGUAUGCCACCCCUCCGAAUGCAUCUUUGCACAACUGGUUGCCUCCUCACUCUCCUAGUUCAGGGUCCGAUUUGUUUGCCAAUCCUCCCCCAGCAUUCGGUCCAGUGCCUUCAUCCAAUGCGUAUAGAUAUGCAGGCUUGCCAACUGCUGACUCAUUCAGUACGAAUUUGCCUCCUAUGAACACCGUAAGCACGCCUUUGUCCAAUGCAUGUACUUAUGAUCAAGGCUUGGAUGUUGUGGCGACUAGCUUGGUGGAAGCUAAACCGUAUUAUCCAUCUUAUUUAUCACCCGCACUUCGUGGUGAUAGUCCCAUGGUGGCUCCUGAUCAACCUAGUUAUGACUGGCUAUCUACUACUCAGUUUGCUCCCUCGGAUGGGUCAUCUCAAAAAGAGUACACUCAAAGGCCCUCUUCAAAGUAUACAGCUCAUUGGGGUGGCUCAUGGAAUGGACCAGCAGAGUGGGAACAGGGUAAGCAGGGACAAUUUGAUGGAAGUUUUGGCCCAAAGGAGACUGAUGCAUCUAGUUUGCCUUAUAAGAAUUACCUGAACCAAGAACCUCAUUCCUCCAAUAGCUUGAAAAAAUAUGAAAUAGCUUCCCACAAUAUCCCAGAAUGGAAUGGAUCUAUGAACGCAGAGCAUGUAGGUGAUAAAUCCUAUGUAGGGAGAAAUUCCAAAUUCAGCCCCAUUGACUUUACAAAACCGAUGAUGGGAUCCUUUUCAGUGGUGCCAGAAACCCAUUCUAAGGCACCAUCCUCACCUUUUGUCAUGAAGUCUACUUAUGGUGGUUCAUGUGAGAAAAGACAGCACGAUACUACGUGCAGUGAUAUCACAUCCAUUUCAAAGCCCUCCCCUGGCUUUAUCAUCAGACCAUCAGCUAUUGGCACUAAAUCUUCAGAACCAGAGAUGGGUCUAUUCAAAAGAUUGAAUUCAGGAAGAGAUGCAGCAAAUGCCGAUCAUGUUGGUUAUUAUCCCUCACAGGAGUCUCAUCUGCGUCAAAGUUUUGUAGGCAAAGUUACUCCUUUUGAUUCAAGCCAACUCGCCAUUCACCUAGGAAGGAUUGAUCCCUUCUCUGUGGAAUCAUCAUCAACAAAGGACAAAGCACUGUCAAAUAAUGGAAGUAUCAACAAUGAUUCCUUGGACCAUUUUUUUAAAGUUAAAUCUGGACUCCCAAAUUGUCAUGUUAAUCAGGAAGGUUUUGAUGCCGCAGCUAAUAUCAAUGAUUCGAUCAGCUCUUUUCUGAAUUCCUCUGAGAAUGUGGAUCCUAACAAUCCAUCUGUGGAUUCACCAUGCUGGAAAGGAGUUCCUGGUAGUUGUUUUUCUCCAUUUAAAGCAUCUGAAGGAGUUCCAGAAAAGAUGAAGAAACAAGAUGGCUGCAAUGGCUUGAAUCUUAAUAUGCCAAUGAUCUUCUCACUAAACACAGGUGAAGAUAUCUCCUCCCAAAAGCCGGUUGAGUACCAUGAAUUUGGAUGGCUGGGAAAUGGUUUGCCACCUCCAUUAAAGAAAUAUUCUGUGGGGAAUUCUGCUUUUGGAGAACAUAGAGUAGAUGAUACCAUGAAGACUACCUAUUACCCAGAAUCAAGCCAUGAUAUUAAAACCCCUAAUUCAGAGAGUGGAGACAAGUUCUCAAGUCUCUUUGAGCAUUCUCAUAUUGUGCAACAAGAUUCUGGAGAAGGUAGACUACCAACUGAAACAAAGAACACAACAGGGAGUGUUGGUGCCGAUGUUAACUUGAAUAUUAAUGACACCUUGGAAUGUGGUUCAUCUCAUACCUCUCCUGUCAAAAGUACUGUUUGUGCUCACUCUUUAGUGGAUGCUACUACAAAGCUUACCAAAGCAGAUGGGGAAGAAUCAAUUAUGAAUAUGGAUGUCCAGAUGCUGAUUAAUACCAUGAAUAGCUUGUCGGAAUUGCUGCUUACUAAUUGUUCAAGCAGUUCACGUCAAUUGAAGAACAAAGAUCUUGAUGCCCUAAAAACUGUGAUUAGUAACUUGAAUAGCUGCAUAUUGAAGCAUGAGGAGAAUCUUUCAUCCAUACCAGAAUCACCCUCUGUCCAGCAAAGUACUCUCAAGUAUAUCGAAGAGUUAAGCAAGCAUGAUGAAAAUGUGUUGUCAAUGCCAGAUUCACCCCCUAUCCAGCAAAGUACUCUCCAGUAUGUUGAAGAGUUAUGCAAGCCAAAUAAGGCUUUGAGCCCAGACAUGCCGCAGUUGUCCAAGAUAUUUGCUCCUAGCAUUCAGGAUCCACUUGAUCUUCAGGGUGUUCAGAGACUAACGAAUUAUGGUAGUUUUGUUAAGAAUGAUGACGAGGUUAUAGCUUCUGUUUCUGCGAAAAGUGACAUUGAUUUGCUGAAACAAGAUGAGAUGACUCAGGCUAUAAAGAAGAUUCUCAGUGAGAAUUUCCACACUAAGGAUACACACCCUCAGACUCUUUUGUACAAGAAUCUUUGGCUUGAAGCUGAAGCUUCAUUAUGUUCCACCAAUUACAAAGCCCGUUUUAAUCGUUUGAAAAUUGAAAUGGAAAAGUGUAAGGCUGACCUAUCCAAAGAUGUUUUUGAACACGAUAUGAUGACACAAUUGAGGUCUGACGUUCCUGCUAACUCAAACCCAGUUGAGAAAUUGACACCUGAAGUUCAGGAUUGUCCAUUGCCAAAGUUUAACCCCCAGGAGUUACCUUCUCUAAAUCAUGAAGAUGACGAUGUUAUGGCAAGAUUUCAUGUUUUGAGGAGCCGCAUUGAGAACUCAAGUUCCAUGAAUGCUACUAAUGGGGAUGGAUCCAGCUCAAGUCUAUCUCUUUUCCCUGACGAGGUUGACAAGGUUGCACCUGAAACAGAUGCUAGGCCCUCACCUAGGAUCUCCCUCCAGGACUCUCCCACAUCUAGCAUAACUGGCCUGACGAAUGAUUAUGAGGCUUCUGUUAUGGCCAGAUUUCAUAUUAUAAGAGAUCGGGUUGAGAACUCAAAAUUCAUUAGUGAUGCCAAUGUGGAAAAUCCAGUGAGCUUUAAGGUCUCUUGUGAACAUGAGGCUGACGAAGUUGCACCAGAAACAACUGAUGAUGGCUCAAUUCAGGAUUACCCUGUUUCGACCACAACUAGCCAUGCAAAUCAGUAUGAGCAUUCCGUUUUAGCCAGAUUUAAUAUCCUCAAAUCUCGGGUUGACAACUCUGGUGACAAACCUGCGGUAGGGGAACCUCAGGAACAUGGUGAUCUUGGGUAUGCGGGUAAGAGAAACCUUGGGCCUAUUAUUUGCAACAGAUCACAGGAUGGAAGUUCAGAUGUAAAAGAACAACCUGUUUUGCAGAGUCACAUAGCUGACAAUAACGAAGGCAACUAUAUGGCCGCAAGGGAGUUCCGUCUGUUCUUUGAAGAUGAUCCCGGUCACAUGAUCAACAGGCCUGCGAAUCAGCUUCCUGCCGUUUGUCCAGAUCGGAGCUCUUCAUCAGAUUGGGAACAUGUCAUGAAGGAGGAGGCUUGGGGACACAGUUGUUGAACCUGAUGCCGGAUGUACUAUGAUUAAUUACAUUGCUUUGCUGGUUGCUUGAAAAAAUUUAUAACUCUUCAACUUUCCAAGUUUGUAAAAUGAUAAAUCGUCGCCUACAACGACGAGGGUGUAAAUGACUUUGGUAUGGUAUGUACAAAGUGGAACUUGUGCAGAUGUCAUGAACAUGUGUUCUGUACUACUCAUGAGUUCAUAAUCAUUGUCAGGAGUCAGGACACUCGCAUUGCUUACUGUAUGU